CAGACUUGUUGCUGAUAAAAUGAUAAGAGAAAGUUUACUUCUACGAGUAACUUCUUCCUGAGUCAUGACAGCAGUUGCAGAAGUUGGAAAAAACGAUCUCGAAGAGAAAUCGAAAGUGGUUGUUGUGCUGAAAAAUGGCCAAACUACAGGCCAAAUGAUCGAGUACAAUUCAUACGAAGAUUUGAUACGAAAAUGCAGCCAGAUAUUCGAGGUAUCAGCUUCCAAAUUAUUCGAUUCAAAAGGAGGCACUAUCACGAAGGACGAUAUUAUAUUAAAUCACUCGAUCGUUUAUGUUUCUGCGGGGGAGAAUUUUAUCAACACGCGAAAAGGCAAAUUGAAGAUUGAAGUUCCGGAUGAUGACUGCGAUAUCAAAGAAAUACUAAGAGACAAGUACCGCGCACAAUUCGUAAGAAUACUAUACGAGUUAGGAGAAGGAACAAAGGCCACUCCGGAUACGAAAAAGACCGAAUCAGCAACUCCUUUCUCAUCACUUACGGAAGAAAAAUGUGGAGAUCUACUGAAGAAUUUAGAUCCAGAACAGAAAGGGGACUUAUUGAUAAAAUAUUUAUGCAAAAUGCACGAUUCAAUGGCCCGCAGAGCGGAGACAGAUAAUGAAUAUUUACGAGACAAGGUUACCGAACUGCAAGAAGUCGUCCGUGUGUUGGAGAAAUUAAAUGAUGUUGCAUUUAUAAAACAGUGGCUGCCUGAUCCUCUUACCUACCCUUUGUUGAAAGAUAAGCUUGUUGUUCAAGCAUUAGGUACAACAACGUGACUGAUUCUGCUAGCUUAUUAAGAGCAGGCUGGAACGAGUUAUCGAUAGGAGCAUUUUCAUAUCAAUUUUUAGAUGUCAAGGAUGGUCUAGUUUUAGCAAAUAGUUACACCGUGUAUCGACGUAACGCCACCGAAGCCGGAAUUAACAGCAUUUUUGACCGUCUGUUGACCGAACUUGUGAGCAAAAUGAGAGAAAUAAAAAUAGAUAAGACUGAAUUAGGCUGUCUAAGGAUUAUUAUUUGUUUAAUCCUGAAACGUUUACCUACGUAAUUAUUGUGAAUUAAUAUACCUAUGUGGUUUGUUUAA